UUAUAUUUUCGUGUAAUUUGCAAACAAUGCAAUAACGAUACUGGUAAAGAUUACUAUUCCAUAUUCAAUUUUAUAAAAGAAAGGUAGAUGAAUUUCCUCAACUAAAAAUGGAAAUGCCAACAUCUCAUUUAGCUGCUGCGUUAAUGUCGGGUAACAGCACAUUUAACACUCCACAAACAGAAUCUCAAAGCAUUUCAGCUGAAAAUGCCGCUGAUGAAAAGAAAGAGAAACCUACGGAAGCCCAGAAAGGACCUCCUUAUGAAGAUAAAGAAGAACUUGCAAGUGGAGAAGAUUUUUCAGAUGAGGAAUCUGAAGCUCAGCCUGGAAGUAAGUCCAUGCCCGGCAGAGGUGUGACAUUACAAAUGCUUUUAGAAGAGAAAAUGUUGGAGCCGGGUACUGCUGCAAUGACUAUAGAAUAUUUGGGGCAAAAAUUUGUAGGAGAUUUACAAGUUGAUGGUAAAAUAAAAUCUCAUGAAACAGAAACAAUUUUUUGUUCACCAUCAGCUUGGGCCAUCCAUUGUAAGAGGAUAAUUAAUCCAGACAAAAGAUCUGGCUGUGGUUGGGCUUCUGUGAAAUAUAAAGGAAAGAAAUUGGAUACUAUCAAAGCAACUUACCUCAGGAAGAAACAGUUGCAGAGAGAAAAUAUGCACACAGAUGAAGAAACAGAAAUGGAAGUAGAGAGCCCCCCAGAACCACCACCACAAAGGAUUGUGACAAAGCACAAUACUGUGCCAAAUAGAAUGAUGCAGCAUGAUGCAAAUAUGCUUAUUGAGGCUAUAUCAUUUUCAUCAGCUGGAAAAGUACAACCUUUCUUGGUAACAGUGAGUUCUAAUGCUCUACUUGUUCUUGAUAUACAUUGUCAUUUAAAAAAAGAGGAAGUGUAUGGUUAUCUUGCAGGGACCUGGGAUCUCAAUAAUCAUAAUAUGAUGAUAACUCACACUUUUCCUUGUUUAAUAAGUAAAAAUGAUAAAAGACCUAAGGUUUUUGUUGAAUUGGAGAUUCAAAUGGAGAUUGAAAAACUAGGUCUCACGCUAUUAGGAUGGUAUCAUUCACACCCAACAAAUCCUGCAAUGCCGAGUUUAAGAGAUUGUGAUAAUCAGUUAGAAUACCAAAUCAAAAUGAGAGGUCCAUCAGAAAUAUCGUACAUUCCCUGUAUUGGAGUAAUUUGUUCUCCAUAUAAUCCAGAAAGUCCAGUUUUGGAGUCGUCUUUGACAUUUUUCUGGGUAAUGCCGCCACCAGAACAACGCCCUACAGAAUACCCCCGACCCUUAUUGCUACAAUACAAUAUGGUCAAUGAUAGCCAUUUGUCAACGCAUGCAAUGGAGGAAAUAAAGAAAAGCAUAAAAUAUUAUAUAACAUUUACAGAUGAUGCAUUUGUUAACUUUAAGGAUAGUUAUAAACCAGAUAUAGCUUAUUUAGAUAAGUUGAAAUGUACAUUGACACCUAAGUUCCCAAGAGAACAGAGUGAUGGAUUGUUAUGGCAUUUCAUUAGAGAUGAACUAGGGUGCUCCUCAGAGCAUGAUGACAAAAUGGAUUUGGAUGCUUUGUUAGCUGUACCGCAACAGAUUCCUUCUUCCAAACCAAAUCCAACUACUAUACCAAAUUUCCCUUCAGUAAGUACUCUGCAGCAAAUGGUUAGCAGGCCGGCGGGCGUGCCGCCAAUCAAUGUUUCUUCUGCAAUGGGCUCAGGUUCGCCUCACAAGUUUGAAACACCACCUUUAAAUAUACCAGUGUUACCCACUUCGUCAAAGUCUUCAAAGUCUAGUACACCAUCUCUCCCACCUUCAUAUCCCACUGGCUUAGAUAUGUUGACGAGCAUGGCAUUGGGUUUAGGAUCGGCGAAUAUGCCACUGCCUAUGGGUACCGCGGGGUUAGAAAGUUUAGCCGCCGCCAACAGUAUGCUGGCAGGUUUCAGUCCUGCGAUGUCGUCUAACUUAGCGGCAAGUUUAUCUAGUAGUAAGCUUCCUGAUCUUCCGUCUUAUGCCGCUUCACUACAGAACUUAACGAGCGGUGUGGGGAACUACGAAAAAACGUCUACUAGUACAUCAACAAGUUGCACAACCUCCGCUUCGCCUAUUCCGGCUAAUAUAGCUUCGAACCUUAUGAUGAGUUCCGCAGAUAUAGCCAAUGCGUUAUUCUCGGCGAGUAAAUAUUCGAGCGCUGGUAUAUUGGGAAUACCGGAUCCAAUGUCGAAGUCGACAUUAGCUGCUAAUAACAUGUUUUUAUCUCCGUCGUUGCUCAAAAUGCAAGAGUCACUGUUGAAACCUCUGUCAAGCAGCAGUCCCAUUCCUUCAAAAGUCGGUAUCGAUCAGAAUAUGUUGAUGAAGAGUCCGCACGAUUUAAUAAAAGGCAGUAAAGACUACCUCCCUCCUGAUUUUAGUAGCAUCAGUAAGGGGAAAGACAGUUCUUUAGAUUCUAUGAAGCAUUCCGACGUCAGUGUAUCUAAAGCGGAGUCUUCGAAGAGCAUUAUGUCGGAAUCUCAGGCAACUGAUUAUCCGCAGAUAAGCGCGUCACCUCGAUUAGGGGGGGAUCCAUUUUUAAAUCAAAUGUUAGAAUUAACUAAAAAAACGACUAUUCCCGAUUAUGCAUCAGAUUAUAGCCAAUCUCGUAAGAUCACAGAGGAGGAUAUGCAGAAAAUCUCAACCACAUCGCUUUCUUAUUCUAGUGCUGCCAGCAUUGCUGACACAAUAGCACAAGUAGCGAUGGGCAAUUUUGGCAAGUUGGACGAUGCCGUUGACUAUAGUAAAAGUCAGGAUUACACUACUAAAAGUUUGAAUAGUGAAAGUGAUAACUAAAUCUUUUGAUGUUUUAUAUUUUUUUCCGGAACCUAAACAAUUUUAGCUAUGUAUAUUAUUGACUUGUUUGGGUAAAGGGAUCAUGUGUGAAUUUAAAAGAUAAGAUAGAUCCCAAAAAAUCACAGUCGUCGAUGAUCAGCAAUUAUCGAUAAAUGCUGAUAAUUGUGAUAAUAAAAUUAUAAUGACGUAUUCGCGAUAUGGCGAUGCAUGAAUAUAUUAGUUUACUGGCAUUGUAGAGUGAAUUACAAGUUCAUAUUGAUAACUGCGUUGUAUUUAAAACAUAAUUUAGUGAAGUGUUUUGAGGUACAAAUAUCUGAUGGGAUUAUUCUAGCUUAAAUAUAAUUCUUCCUUUGAAGGUAUGUUAUAGUUCUCUUUAUACACCUAAGUACUUGGCAAAUAAUGUACCUAAGUAUAUACCAUAGUCUUAAAGCUUUUGUUAUAACAGAUACGAGAGUGAUUGUAAACCGUUGAAAUGUUCAUUCUAGUUCUAAAUGGUGUAAAUUAUUAGUAUCGCGUUAAUUCUUGCGAUAUUUUACGAUAUCACUAUUGAUACCUAGAAGCGAAUAUGUAAUACUAUUUUUAUUUAAUGCUUAAUCUUAUAUCCGGGCCUAGAUUGGUACUCUUCGAAUAAUUUGUCCAGAACUUUUCUUGUUUCAAUUCUAUUCUUGACUAUAACCGACGACCUUCCUGGCGUAGCGUGCUGUGGACUUAUGGAGGCCCCGUGUUCGAUACCCAGCAGGGGUUUUAUAAACAUAUAAUUCCUGAAUUUUCUCUGGUCUGGUCUGUUGGAGGCUUUGAUCUUGGCUUGUUACCAACCUACCAAAAAACUGAUUCGGGAUAAGGAUUUAAUAUAACUGCCUCACCGCCUAACAGGUCAUCUCGCUACUUUUGUAGACCCAUCAUCUCUUGCCACCAGGAAAUAUUGCAGUCGAGGGCUAACUUGUAGUAGAAUAUAAAAAAUAACAAAUCUGAUGAGAUAUUAACUAUUAAAAGUAUUUAAUAUCCCAGUAGGGAUACAAUAAAUUUAGAAUCAAACUAAAACAAAUAAUUAGAAUAGAAUUAAAAUAAAAUAAUUACUAGGAAUUUCACCACAACACUCAUUCGUAUUUAAAGACGUAUGUAGAUUUAUCUAUUUCGUAACUAUUAAAACAUUUUAACUUUAAAAAAUCGUAAGUGUUGUUGUAAUGUUACAAAUAACCCAUCUAUAAAUCCGAUAGUGAAGGAUCUGGUAGAAUUUCAGUAACGUUAAGACUAUAGACUUUUUGUUUACUUAUAAGACUGCAUUUUAUAGCAUUUCAUAACAUUCUUUGAGGUUAAUGUGUAUUAUUUAUAAAUUAAGAAUAUAAUAAAAAUGUACAAAAACUA